GAAAUUCAAUGCAACCUGUCAAUAUGUCAGACCAACAUGUAGCUCAAAAAUUUGUUGGUUGCCACCACCAAUAUACAUGUUGUUUGUUAUGGUCGUGGCUCGUAGGGUAGAAGCUUUCUUUGCUGCUUCUGUGGUAAGAUUUUGGACAAGUCAUAUUCUGGGGGAUGUUAGCUGUUCACCCUGCAAUGUAACGGCCAAAUGAAAUGCGUAUAUACCAGUAUUUACGCAUACAGGAUUAAACAUUAACCCCUGAGCAACAGCUUUGGCACAAGCAUGACAUCAGGCCUUUGUGUGCACGCGGUUUGCUUACAUCGGGUUAAUGAUUAACAACUUAAAUCCACCCCUAGUGAAGCCGGAUACGGAGGGAGGCACGGCAGAGCCAUGGUGGCGCGGCGUAUGGUGAGGAAAUGCUGCCUGCCGCUGUUGGUACUGGUCAGCGCCGGGCUGGCCGUGCUGUACAUCUACCUGGUACAGGUGCAGGGGUCACCCUGGGUCAGCCUCAGCCAAUCACAGGCCGGGGACAAACAGAAAAAGGACGAGUAUAUAGUGUGGAGGGGGGAGGAACAGAAGGUGGAAGUGCAGCAGAAACAGGAGGAGAAGAAACAUCCCGCGGAGGAGGCAAAAGAAAAGCCACGUCAGAACCAGUCAGCUGUUACGGAAAGAAAACCCAAGGGCGUUCCUCGCUCCUUGUUGCGGAACGCCGCGUGCCCGGCGUGUCUCGGAGACAACCUGUGCGAGGAGUUUGAAGAUGGUAUGAUAGACCUAGGGUCAGAGGUCACCAUCGGGAAGGUCAAGGCCUACACAGGCACCUGGGACAAGGUCGAGGUGAUGGUUACCCAGUGUGCAUCAGAGGAGCGUCUGGAGCGGUUUGAGGAGUUUGUCUGUCGGAACCUGAGCGAGAGCGCGACCUCGUGCGACCCCGGGAAGGUGCUUCUGCAGGAGGACCUCAAGGAGCGGUUACAGCCGGCACAUCUCAAGAAAUCGCUCCGAGAAGUCUUCCACCCCAACGCAAUGUCUUCUCUCCAAGCGACCACCUGCAUGUCCAAACCGUUUCUCAAGCUGCUCCAGAAAACGUUUGACGACAACGGCAACAAGCGUCUGAACCGGCUGGAACAGGCGCACCUGUACUCUGCUCUGCACACCUGUCCCCACCUCGCCCUGCUCAAGGCCAUCCCGCGGAAAAAACUCCCCGUCCCAGCAUUCCUCGGGGCGUGCGGGAACCUCGUUGCCACGGAGACGGCAGGGAAGCCACUCUCCAUGUACCUGGAGGUCAAAGGUCCCUGGCAGGUCAGGGCCAACCUAUCGCUGCAGCUCUUACAGAUGCUGGACGACUUCCAGAACAAGGACCCCGAUUGGCUGCUGAUGUUCGUGGAAGUGAAUAUUGAAAACUUCUCCGUCUCGUCUGAUGGAAGGCUGAUUCUCGCCGACCUUGGCAACAUGACCAUCAUCAACAAGCAUGACCUUGACAAAAACUCUACCAGGAAGCGGUCGAGUGUCUGUAACGAGGCCUGCUUCAAGAGGUUCGCACGGAACCUCUCACACCGACCGGAGACCAGCUGUCGCCAGGCCGGGCGCUACAGUCAGCUGAUGUACGCACGCGCCUGCCAGAGGAUUCUGGGAUGCUGGCAGACCGAACGGUCAGGGCAAGGUCGCGUGGCGCUGUCCUCCUCCAAGGACGCGGCGUGCGCGUACGGCCGGGGUCUGCUGUUCGGGCCACCGCGAGAAGCGAAGCAGGAGCUGGAGGAUCUACUGACAGAAUGUGUGGAGGAAACAAAGCCUGGUGGGAGAAUAACGGCGCUCAAACAGAUCCAAGUCUUACUGGCUGCAUAGGUCUCGUCUGAGACUAUCAUAUAACGUUAUAAUUUAUAGAGAGAGGACAGUCUGAGACUACCAUAGCAGUGUAUUAAAGACUGUCCAACAAGGCUCUUUCAAAGGAGUACCAUAAGCUAACUAUAUACUUGAAGCUUUUCCAUUUGAUAGGUUUGCUCUGUAUGUGAAAGUCUGUUAAACAGAUGAAUAUAAGAGUCCCCAAAAUGCUCUUUGAAUUUUGUUUUAGCACACUCGUAUGCUGUGAAUUGCACUGAGAUUUUUCAUGUACAGCAGUCGUUUUCUGUCGGAGUGUAUUUAACUAAAUCAUGGAACAGUUUAUCUUUUGCGACACCUUUUAAUUUUUUGUGUUCGAUAUUGAUUAUCCUUCUUGUUGGAUAUUUCAGUUAAAACAGUCCUAGUAUAAUAUGAAGAUCAAUAAAAGUUGUUUUACUGAUAACACUGAAAUCCUCAUGGUUGAUACUUAAGGUGUAACUACUUACACUGAAGUACCUAUGGUUGAUAUGCAUGGUGCAACUACUUACACUGAAGUCCCAUUGGUAGAUAUGUAAGGUGUAACUUGUAACUUACUUACACUGAAGACCUCAUGGUUGAAAUUU